AUGUGGGAUUUCUUGGGCAGUGGGACUCUGAUUGAGGAUUUCAGGCAGGGAGGGACCGUGGACUGGGACAGAGACUGGUUGAAGAUCCUGGUAAAGACUCCAGCCAGCUGGUCUGUGCAGUCCUUCAGCAGCCGUCAGGUCCAGUCGACUUCCUCGGGUGACGGUCAAACCAGGUAUAUAAAGAGAGACCAACAUGCAGCAGACAGUCACACAAUGGCUUUGAGGAAGUGGAUGUGCGUGUUGACUGUGGUGAGCCUUUUACCAGCAGGAUCACAUGCUCAGCUUGAUGUAUGUGGCACUGCUCCCCUGAACAACAGGAUAGUUGGAGGUGAAGAUGCUCCAGCAGGAAGUUGGCCCUGGCAGGUCAGUCUGCAGAGAUUUGGCGGCCAUGUUUGUGGUGGUUCCCUCAUCAACAGAGAGUGGGUGAUGUCUGCUGCUCACUGCUUCUCCAGUACAAGUACAUCUGGAUGGCGGAUCUCUCUCGGUCGUCAGAACCUGCAGGGUGAUAACCCAAACGAAGUGUCCAGAACUGUUGCCGAAAUCAUUUUGCAUCCAAACUAUGACAGUGCCAGCAAUGACAAUGACAUUGCCCUGCUGAGACUCUCCUCACCAGUCACAUUCACAGACUACAUCAGACCUGUGUGUCUGGCAGCCAGUGACAGUGUGUUCAACAACGGUACUGAUAGCUGGGUCACUGGCUGGGGCGCAGUACAGGAGGGAGUGGCAUUACCGUUCCCUGCAACUCUUCAAGAAGUGGAGGUUCCAGUUCUGGGAAACAGACAAUGUAACUGUCUCAAUGGAGUCGGUACAGUGACGGGUAACAUGAUCUGUGCUGGUGUUCUGGCAGGAGGCAAAGACUCAUGUCAGGGUGACUCAGGAGGUCCGAUGGUGAACCAGCAGGGCUCUGUCUGGGUCCAGUCUGGAGUUGUUAGUUUUGGUUUUGGCUGUGCUCGGCCCAAUCUGCCUGGAGUCUACUCCAGAGUGUCCAGGUACCAGUCCUGGAUCAACUCCCACAUCAGCUCUGAUAAGCCAGGCUUUGUCCAGUUCACCUCCAGUGGGCUGGAUGCUGACAGCAGCUACACCUGUCCUGGUCUGCCACCUCCUGUUAUCACUGCUAUUACUACUCCUAGUGCAGAAUCUGAGACAAGUACAGAUUCAGGAUCCACAGCACCAAGUGCUGAAUUGUGUGGCGUCACUCCCCUGAACAACAGGAUAGUUGGAGGUGAAGAUGCUCCAGCAGGAAGUUGGCCCUGGCAGGUCAGUCUGCAGAGAUUUGGCGGCCAUGUUUGUGGUGGUUCCCUCAUCAACAGAGAGUGGGUGAUGUCUGCUGCUCACUGCUUCUCCAGUACAAGUACAUCUGGAUGGCGGAUCUCUCUCGGUCGUCAGAACCUGCAGGGUGAUAACCCAAACGAAGUGUCCAGAACUGUUGCCGAAAUCAUUUUGCAUCCAAACUAUGACAGUGCCAGCAAUGACAAUGACAUUGCUCUGCUGAGACUCUCCUCACCAGUCACAUUCACAGACUACAUCAGACCUGUGUGUCUGGCAGCCAGUGACAGUGUGUUCAACAACGGUACUGAUAGCUGGGUCACUGGCUGGGGCGCAGUACAGGAGGGAGUGGUAUUACCGUUCCCUGCAACUCUUCAAGAAGUGGAGGUUCCAGUUCUGGGAAACAGACAGUGUAACUGUCUCAAUGGAGUCGGUACAGUGACGGGUAACAUGAUCUGUGCUGGUGUUCUGGCAGGAGGCAAAGACUCAUGUCAGGGUGACUCAGGAGGUCCGAUGGUGAACCAGCAGGGCUCUGUCUGGGUCCAGUCUGGAGUUGUUAGUUUUGGUUUUGGCUGUGCUCGGCCCUAUCUGCCUGGAGUCUACUCCAGAGUGUCCAGGUACCAGUCCUGGAUCAACUCCCACAUCAGCUCUGAUAAGCCAGGCUUUGUCCAGUUCACCUCCAGUGGGCUGGAUGCUGACAGCAGCUACACCUGUCCUGGUCUGCCACCUCCUGUUAUCACUGCUAUUACUACUCCUAGUGCAGAAUCUGAGACAAGUACAGAUUCAGGAUCCACAGCACCAAGUGCUGAAUUGUGUGGCGUCACUCCCCUGAACAACAGGAUAGUUGGAGGUGAAGAUGCUCCAGCAGGAAGUUGGCCCUGGCAGGUCAGUCUGCAGAGAUUUGGCGGCCAUGUUUGUGGUGGUUCCCUCAUCAACAGAGAGUGGGUGAUGUCUGCUGCUCACUGCUUCUCCAGUACAUCUGGAUGGCGGAUCUCUCUCGGUCGUCAGAACCUGCAGGGUGAUAACCCAAACGAAGUGUCCAGAACUGUUGCCGAAAUCAUUUUGCAUCCAAACUAUGACAGUGCCAGCAAUGACAAUGACAUUGCCCUGCUGAGACUCUCCUCACCAGUCACAUUCACAGACUACAUCAGACCUGUGUGUCUGGCAGCCAGUGACAGUGUGUUCAACAACGGUACUGAUAGCUGGGUCACUGGCUGGGGCGCAGUACAGGAGGGAGGUGAGUCUGCUUUGGCAUUACCGUUCCCUGCAACUCUUCAAGAAGUGGAGGUUCCAGUUCUGGGAAACAGACAAUGUAACUGUCUCAAUGGAGUCGGUACAGUGACGGGUAACAUGAUCUGUGCUGGUGUUCUGGCAGGAGGCAAAGACUCAUGUCAGGGUGACUCAGGAGGUCCGAUGGUGAACCAGCAGGGCUCUGUCUGGGUCCAGUCUGGAGUUGUUAGUUUUGGUUUUGGCUGUGCUCGGCCCAAUCUGCCUGGAGUCUACUCCAGAGUGUCCAGGUACCAGUCCUGGAUCAACUCCCACAUCAGCUCUGAUAAGCCAGGCUUUGUCCAGUUCACCUCCAGUGGGCUGGAUGCUGACAGCAGCUACACCUGUCCUGGUCUGCCACCUCCUGUUAUCACUGCUAUUACUACUCCUAGUGCAGAAUCUGAGACAAGAUAG